AUGGGGUCCUCGGAACCUCUUCCGACACUGGAGUCGUUGCAUUUCCCGUCGGCACAGCUGUCUAUCUCCCAAACACUCUCGUCACUGCGUCGAUCGGCGCUCUCCGUUUCAAACCGACUUCAAUCUAUUGAGAACGAUGGCGCAUUUGUGCAUGAAGUUGCCGAGCAUUAUGGCCUCCCCCUCGUUGCUAAUGAACGUUGUGGAAGCUGGUAUAUCCCACCUUCUUCCAAGGUCGGUAGUGCUUAUUUUAAAAGCACCGAUGGACACACUGGGGAGUGGGAUUUUAGCUUGCGUAGGCUGAAUCUGCAGUUGUUGUCUCUUGUCCGGGAUCAUGGGGGCUGUGUAAUAGUCGACUCAACCCGCCGAGGUAAACUAAUGCCCGACGCUCUAUCGAAAACAAUCCCAAUCUGGAGUGCCGUCCUGAACCGGGCCCUGUUCCCGUCUGAGACUGCUUACCAUGCUGUACCACUGCCGCCUAAUUAUCUCGGUGCCUCGGAAGAAGCGCAGAUUGAGAGUCGGAUUGAGGGGUUUGUGAAUUCUUUGAAGUCCUUAAAACUCGACCUCGAAACUCUCCGUUCCAAUCUCUCCAAACCAAUCCGCAUAGCAUGGGCCAACAGAUCAUACUACCACCCCGCAGACCUCCAAAAAAGCAGUGAAUACAAUCUUCUAGUCCUAUGCUCAGCCUCACGACGGGUCCACGGCGCGGAAAUGUCCGAGGGCGGAUAUAUCCAAGGAGCCGGCGAUGAUAGUGAGGGUUGGGCGCAUGGACUAACACCGCCGGUUUUCUGGGCGAACCAUGACCUGUUGAAGGGCACUUCUGAGGAAGAUCUGCCCGAUGUUAUUGGACGUUUGGUUGGGGAGUUUAAGGUUGGGAAUGUUAGUGCUGAUGUUACUGGUAUUAAGCCCACGUCCAAUUUGUUUAUUGGGGAUGUCGGGGCUGCGGGUGGGAGGUUUGAUCUUGUUAUUGAUUGUAAUGGGGAUUCUGGGUUGGGUGAGGAAGGGGAUGGGAAGAGGCUCAAUCUUGGAUGUGCGUCUGGGAAGUUGGGGAGCCGCGAUCUACGCAGGUCAUUGGAGAAAGUGCGUGAUUUUGUUGGGGCGAGACUUGGGGUUGACUCGUCGCUUUCUUUGCUGGUUGUUUGUGAGACUGGGAAGGAUCUUUCGGCGGGCACACUGUUGGCAAUUAUUUGCCUUUUCUUCAACGAUGAGGGUGGCUUUGAUGCCUCGCUGAGCAAGCGCGCUAUCGGCAAGCAGUUCAUUCGACAGCGUUUCGCUUGGCUCGUGUCGUCGAAACAUGACGUGAAUCCGUCUCGAGCCACGCUUCAAUCGGUCAAUGCUUUCCUAAUGUCCUGA